AUGAUCGAGUUGUGGUUACGAAGUAAUAACGGAUUCAGCCCUUUAAACAAUGUUAAGGCUAUGAUUACGGUCUCUGUGAGUGAUGGUGACAAUGACUGUUUUGACCAAGCUGAUGAACAGAACUGUCCGCCAAUCGUGUGCUCUUCAACACAGUUCCAGUGCGCGAAUCUUAAGCAAUGUAUUCACGAGAGCUAUCAUUGCGAUGGUGUCAGCGAUUGUCAGGACGGCUCCGACGAGAAGGGAUGUCCCACACUCUCCGCCAAUCAAUGCGACGCCGAAAAGCAAUUUCAAUGUCAGACAUCAAGAAUAUGUAUUCCCAAUGACGGAAACCCGGACUGCGAGGACAGUAGUGAUGAGCCGAACACAUGCGGCGAAAUCGAGUGUCCGAGUAAUCACUUUAAGUGCAAUAAUUCAAAGUGUAUUUUUAAGUCUUGGAUUUGUGAUAACACCGACGAUUGCGGCGACAAUUCCGAUGAAGAUCAACGACACGCGUGCGGACCAACUCAUUACGACUGUCCCAGCGGUCAGUGGAUGUGUCCCAACAUAACCAACCGCUGUAUUCCCAUUAAUAAAAUCUGUGACAAACAACUCGACUGUCCUAACGGUGCCGAUGAGGGCCCGGCGUGUGAUCUGCAGACCUGCUCUAAUAACCAGUGCACCCAUAACUGUACGCAAACACCAUUUGGUCCGCUCUGCACGUGUCCUCCGGGAGAGCGGCUGAACGACACGAGAACGUGCGCUGAUAUCGACGAGUGUUCAAUAGUCGGCAGUUGUAGUCACAAGUGUUAUAACGAAAAGGCGUCGUUCAGGUGUCUGUGCGAAGACGGCUAUCAACUCGAGAACAAGACUUAUUGCAAAGCUAUUAAUAGAAGUAUCGCUUAUCUCGUUAUCUCUAAUCGACGGUCUAUUUUGGUGGCAAACAUCACAAAUGUAUCGCUAGAGAGAGUGCCCGUACGGGUGGAGAACGUUGUGGCCACGGCUUCCGAAAUGGUUACGGGAACUAUAUAUUGGUCUGAUAUGCACUCGAAGAAGAUUUUCAGAAUGAAAAAGGGCUCGAGUGAGCCCGAAGUGGUGGUCGGCAGCGGUUUGGACUUAGUUGAAGGUCUGGCCGUUGAUUGGAUCGCAAACAAUCUAUAUUGGGUUGACUCCCGACUCAAGACCAUAGAAGUGUCGACAAUAAACGGCUUAAACCAUAUCGUGUUGUUGUCUCAGAACAUAAGCCAACCGCGAGGUAUAUGUCUGGACCCCCGAGAAGACGCCAGAAUCAUGUUUUGGACGGAUUGGGGAGAGAAUCCGCGCAUCGAAAGGGUGGGAAUGGAUGGAAGUGAACGCAAAGUGAUAGUUAGCACCAAAAUCUAUUGGCCAAACGGUCUCACUAUUGAUAUUCCCACUCGAAGAGUGUAUUUCGCGGACUCGAAGUUAGAUUACAUAGACUUCUGUAACUACGACGGGUCGGGACGACAGCAAGUGUUGGCCCACAACCACUAUCUCCUUCAUCCGCAUUCGUUGACCGUAUUUGAAGACACCCUUUACUGGACGGACCGACAACUAAAUCGAGUGCUUUCUUGUCAUAAAUACAAAGGAAUAAACCAAACGGUUGUCUCUCAUCUCGUGAGCCAACCCUUGGGAAUACAUAUCAAUCAUCCGUUGCUUCAGCCGACGGCACCGAAUCCCUGCACCAAAGCCUCGUGUUCUCACUUAUGUCUUCUCUCUCCGCGUCCCGAAGGAUAUUCCUGUAAGUGUCCGCCCGGUUAUGGACAGGACAGGACUGCUUCAGGCGGUCGAUGCAUACCAGUGGAGACCCCAUACCUAAUGGUUAUGAAAGGCACGCAAAUCGUUGACUUGAGUUUAACUCCCAACGAAAAAUCUGUGGGACAUUUCACUCCAGUUAUUGGUGUAGAGAAUGGCUAUGACUUUGAUUACGACAAACAGGAGGGCUUCAUAUAUUGGGUACAACUCCGCGAAGACGACAAAGAGAACGGAACCCUCUAUAAAGUGAGUCUCAAAGGCGGCAAUCAAACCAAAUUCCUGGCCGACGGUAUAGUGGGUGCGCCCUAUUGUAUAGCGUUUGAUUGGAUCGGACGUAAUCUGUAUAUCGGCAACAAAAAGGCCUCCAAUAUAGCGGUCGUCAAAACAGACGGCGAGAAGUAUUACCGCCGGACUAUUCUCAGCAAUGAUGGCUCCGAAAAGGGUGUCGCGAAACCGAAGGCCAUUGUUUUGGAUCCAUUGCAGGGAAAGCUGUAUUGGUUGGACGAGGGAGGGGUCGGAGUGCCGCAGAAGGUGUCGCGCUCUAAUAUGGACGGAUCUAAUGCCACGAUUCUGGUGAAGGACUCACUACAUCACGUCGAGGCACUCACUUUCGAUCUCAUCAAUAAACGCCUUUACUUCAGCCAAAGCCAUACCGGAGUCAUCGAAAGCAUCGAUCCCGAGGGCAGAGAUCGCCGAACUAUUGUCAUCGCCAGCUCUGGUAUUGCCAAACCUCAGGGACUCUCUGUAUAUAACAAUCGUUUAUAUUAUUUGGAUUCCGUAUACGAGAAGAUAUAUCGCGUUAACCUUCCGGACGGCGGGAACCCCAACACCAUUGAAGAGAACACCCCUUCGCUCUCUAAUAUCAAAAUAUACAGCAAAAGGCCGGGCGUUGAGAACCAUCCGUGUCGUGGCGGUAACGGCGGUUGUCAACAACUGUGCAUUCCGUCCGAUAAUAAUCAACGCAAGUGUUUGUGUAGCACUGGAUUCAAGACAGACGGUGAGACCAAUUGUCAGCCAUACAAGUCGUUCGCUGUCGUCUCGUCGCUCAACCGAAUGCAAGGCUUUAGUCUCGAAGAUCACGCCGAAGCCAUUCAACCGCUGGCCGGCGCCGGACAUAACAUACUCCACAUCGACGUGAAUGUAGUGAAGAGUCACAUCUAUUGGGUUGAGUACAAUCCGGGCGAACUCAACGGUAUCUAUCGUAUCAAACCGGACGGCACUGAGAAACAGCACAUCAUUAGCGACGGUAUCGGAAGUAACGGCAUUCGUGGCAUUGCUAUCGAUUGGAUCGCCGGUAAUAUGUAUUUCACGAAUGUCUUCCCACACGAGACAUACAUCGAAGUGAGUUAUUUGGACGGAACUCAUCGCAUGGUUUUGGUGAAGACCACGACCGACGCCCCGCGAGAGAUAGCUGUGAAUCCGAUCAAACGGUUCCUGUAUUGGAUAGAUUACGGGCAGUUCCCCAAAAUAGAGAAGGCUUUGCUCGACGGCACUAAUAGGACACCAAUUGUUGUCACCGGAAUCAGUAAUCCCAGAGACCUGACCAUUGAUAUACUCACACACGAUGUCUAUUGGGUCGACGCCAGAGAGGACGCCAUUCAAAAGGUGUCGUUUUCCGGCGGUCGGCGACAAUACAUCUGGAAAAACUUGCCGACGCCUUACGGCGUGUCAAUACUGGGCUCCACUGUCUAUUGGGUGGACAGAAAUUUGCGGACUAUUUUCAGAGGCAAUAAAUACGCGGAUAACAACACAUUAGCGCCCGAACCGUUCAAAUCAAAUUUGGAUACUUUGCGCGAUAUUGUCAUCUUUGACGCCAAUAAUCAACCUCCGGGUGAAUCUCCCUGUUCUCGAUUGGGUGACCGGAUGUGCGAACAGCUCUGUUUCGCUAUACCUCAGGGUUAUAGCGAGACGUCUAACUAUCGGUGCGCCUGUUCUACAGGAGUGUUGGCUCCGGACAAACAAAAGUGCAAAAACGUUGACGAAUACAUUGUGUUCACCACAAGGAAAGAGAUCCGUAGCGUCAAUCUAGACCCACAGGUGACGAGCGCUCCCUUCCCUCCCCGCGUAAACCUCUCCAAUGUUGUGGGCCUUGACUUCGAUUACGCCAAUAAACGCAUGUUUUUCACUCAAAUACGUCCCGACGGAAGCAUUUCGUGGAUGAAUAUCGAUAAAAGAGAUGAAGUGAAUGUGAUUUUGUCGAAAGGCAUAAAUCCCGAGGGAAUCGCUUACGACUGGACCGCAAAGAAGAUCUAUUGGACUGAUUCCGGAAACAGAAGCAUAUAUUCCAUGAAUACCGACGGCUCUCAGAUUGUGAUGAUUACACGAGUUGAACGGCCCCGGGCUAUAGUAGUGGACCCCUGCCAGGGAUUCAUGUAUUUCACCGAUUGGGGUCGUUUUGGAAAUUCGGGCAAAAUUUUUAGGGCAACGAUGGCCGGCAAUGAGAAGAAAGCUAUCGUUGACCAGGAGUUGACACAACCGAGUGGUUUGAGUAUUGAUUACGAGGAGAAGAAGCUCUACUGGACGGACGCAUUGCGCGAGAAAAUCGAGAGAUCAGAUAUGGACGGAAAGAAUCGGGAAGUGUUAGUGUCGGCCACGAUAUACCCGUUCGCUGUGAACGUGUUUGGAAAUUACAUUUAUUGGACAGACCUUCAGCUGAGGGGUGUGUAUAGGGCUGAGAAGCAUACGGGCGCCGGAAUGAUAGAAAUGGUCAAACGCUUGGAAGAGUCGCCGCGAGAUAUUCACAUCUAUUCAUCGCAGAGACAAUUGUGUGAUAAGAAUCCGUGUUCGUUGAACAACGGCGGGUGCGCCCACUCAUGCCAUCAGGCGCCCAAUGGUCAGGUCGAGUGUCGGUGUAAUACCGGCUACAAACUGGCCAAUGAGAACCGUAUGUGUGUUCCCGAGAAUGUGAGCUGCGAAGAGACCAAAUACGCCUGCAGUAACUCCAAGUGUAUUCCCAGACUGUGGGCCUGCGAUGGCGAUGACGACUGCGGCGACAACUCCGAUGAGGACAAACAUUACAUACCUGUAGUCCAAAUGAGUUCCGGUGCGGUAACGGCCGAUCACGAGAACGAUUGCGGAGAUAAUACCGACGAAGAAGGAUGUCAAUACCCUCCCUGUGCUGAUGGAGAGUUUACGUGCGCUAACCAUAAGUGUAUCCCUAAAUCUCAAUUGUGUAAUGGAGUGAACGAUUGCAAAGACUCCAAGACAUCAGAUGAAAGUCACUCAAUCUGUCCGAACAACAGGACGUGUCCGGGAAAUCAUCUCAAGUGCGAGGGAACCAACAUUUGUGUCGAACCCUAUUGGCUGUGCGACGGCGACAACGAUUGCGGCGAUAAUUCCGAUGAAAACUCGUUGAUCUGUUCUGAGAGGACGUGUCCACCGAAUAGCUUCCGGUGUCCAAACCAUCGGUGUAUACCCGCGACCUGGUAUUGCGACGGCGACGACGACUGCGGCGGCUCUAAGGCUGACGAACCCGAAGAGUAUUGCAAGAGUGAAAAGAGGACCUGUUUUGGCGAUCUGUUCACUUGCGAUAACGGGAACUGCAUUCCCAGGAUUUACAUCUGCGACGGCGAUAACGACUGUCUCGACAAUUCCGACGAAGAUGUGAGACACCAGUGCGACACUCGUCAGUGCGAUCCCGACAGAGAGUUCACGUGUUCGGCCAACAAGAACUGGGGUCGCGCGCAGUGUAUACCCAAACGAUGGAUUUGUGACGGAGAUCCGGACUGUGUGGACGGCGCCGACGAGAACACCACUAUUCACAGCUGUCCGCCGCCCGAGCCCUGCGAAUCGGAUCAGUUUAGUUGCAGUAAUCACAGGUGUAUUAACAAGGAAUGGGUUUGUGAUCACGAUAACGACUGCGGCGACGGAUCCGAUGAGCACCGGAACUGUACGUUCAGGACGUGUUCGCCCGAAGAGUUUUCGUGUCGUAACACGAAAUGCAUCCGAAAGAACUACUUAUGCGACGGCGAAGACGAUUGCGGCGAUGGAAGCGAUGAGAAUCAGCCCCAAUGCAAGACAGAGGCGCCGACGUGUGCCGGCGGACAGUUCCGAUGCAAAAGCGGUCAAUGCAUUACUUAUGAACGCGUCUGUAAUAAACAGAUCGACUGCGACGACGGCAGUGAUGAACCCGCGCAUUGCAAUGUCGAUGAAUGCGCCAAAACUGAGAUCAAUGAAUGCGAACACAAGUGUAUUAACACUUUGACCAGUUUUUACUGCGAAUGCAAUGAAGGAUAUCAUCUCAUGAAAGAUGGAAAGGCGUGCGAAGACAUCGACGAAUGCAAUACAUUGAAGGGAAAGUGCAGUCAAUACUGUUUCAAUACUCCCGGUUCUUAUUAUUGCAAAUGUAAUGAAACCUAUUAUGAGAGGGAACUGAAUGGACACGUAUGCAAACGGAGGGAUAAUGUCGAGCCAUGGAUUAUAUUUAGUAACAGAUAUUAUCUGCGGAACAUCAGUACUGAUGGAACCGUUUAUAAUCUCAUUAAAAUGGAUCUGAAGAAUGUGGUGGCACUUGAUUUCGACUAUAGGGAGGAACGCGUCUAUUAUGCGGACGUCGGCAACAAAACUAUUAACAGAAUCUUCGCGAACGGAACCGGAGAGCAGAAUGUGAUCAGACAUGAAGCUCAUGGUCUCGAAGGCAUUGCUGUCGAUUGGGUCGGACGGAAGAUCUAUUGGAUGGACAGAACCAGUAAACACAUAGAAGUGGCCGAAUUGGACGGAAAUCACAGGAAGACUAUACUCGGCCGAAGUAUGUCUGAUCCGCGGGCCAUUGUCGUGCACCCGGGAAUUGGUUACAUAUUCUUCACCGAUUGGGGACACCAUUCAUGUAUCGGGAAGUUAGGAAUGGAUGGCACGAACUUCAGCAGAAUUAUCACAUACGAACAGAAGCUCGUUUGGCCCAACGCUCUCACCAUUGAUUACUUCAGCAAUAAGCUGUUCUGGGCUGACGCACACCUCGACUACAUCGAGUACUCGGACUUCGAGGGCCGACACAGACAUACGGUGCUGAGUGGCCCCUCUGUUCCCCAUGUGUUUGCGUUGUCUGUAUUUGACGAUUGGCUGUAUUGGACGGAUUGGAAUACCAAAGGCUUAGUCAAAGCCCAUAAGUUUUCUGGUGAAAACCUACAGGUGUUGAGGAAUACAUCGCACAGACCAUACGAUAUACACAUUUAUCACCCCUUAAAACAAUUGCCUUACGAUAACCCGUGCGGCGACAACAAUGGCGGCUGUUCUCACUUAUGCCUUAUAGCGCCGGGCGGUCAGACCUAUACGUGCAGCUGUCCUAACAAUUUCCUACUUAGAGAAGACAACAAGACAUGUAUCGCCAACUGUACUAAAGGACAGCACAGAUGUCAGGCGCCCGACGAUCGUUGUAUACCAGUGUUCUGGACCUGCGAUGGAGACAAGGACUGCAGAGACGGGUCCGAUGAAGUAAACUGCGCGCCCUUCCAGUGCAAGCCCGGGAUGUUUCAGUGCAGAAACAAUCAAACCUGUAUCUCAAGGAUCCGCAUCUGCGACGGUAUCCCCGACUGUAGCGACAAAUCGGACGAAAGCUUCUGCGACACGGAUUGCGGUGAACACAGCUUCAAGUGUCGGUCCACUGGCCGUUGUGUUCCCGACUCGUGGCAAUGCGAUGGAGACAACGACUGUUCCGAUGGUUCCGAUGAGGACUCGUCGGUCUGUCAUUCGCGUCAAUGCGAUAAAGACACACAAUUCCGGUGCGAAAACGGCAAAUGCAUACCAAAGCUAUGGUUCUGUGACUUCGAUGACGAUUGCGGCGACAACUCUGACGAACCCGCGCACAGGUGUCGCAACAGGAACUGCUCCACCGGUUGGCAGAAGUGUCCGACGAGAAACAAUUACCGUUGUAUUCCCAGUUGGCUCUUCUGCGACGGCAAAGACGACUGUAGAGACAAUUCGGACGAAAGUAAUACCGAUUACUGUCCCAAAUGUCACGAAACGGGAGACUUUAAGUGCAAAAACGGCAGAUGUAUUCCUCUUCGGUGGCGAUGCGACUUUGAGGACGAUUGUGGCGACAAAUCAGAUGAAGAGCACACAAUGUGUGUCGAUCUCUAUCGGGAAUGUUCUGAGAGUGAGUUCCAGUGCGGGAACAAGAAGUGCAUACCUUCUCGAUGGCGAUGCGAUCACGACGACGACUGCGACGAUGGAACCGAUGAGAAGGAGUGUCUGGACUAUCAUUGCAAAGACGAUCAAUUCAAGUGCCGAAGCGGUCACUGUAUACCACAAAAGCUGGUCUGCGAUGGAAACAAAGACUGUAAGGACGUGUCCGACGAGACAAACUGUCCGACGCGUUACCCGAACGGCCGCUUCUGUCAGGACUCGCUCUAUCAGUGCAAUAAUACGGUGUGUUUGAGACCAGACUUCUUGUGCGACGGCGACGACGACUGCGGCGACGGAACCGACGAAUUGGAGUCAAUGUGUCAGAGCUUUGAGUGCGAUCUGACCCGAAAAUAUCAGUGCAAUAACAAGAGGUGUAUCCCAUUGUGGCAAAUAUGCAACGGAGUGGACGAGUGCGGCGAUGGCAGCGACGAGAAUAACCACACUCUGUGCCGAAAGUGGCCGCUUCCCUGUCUCGCCAACCAAUUCAAGUGCACUAACGAACAGUGCGUUUCAAUGGAGAAGGUUUGCGACCACAACGACGACUGCGGAGACCUUUCCGACGAAAAGGGUUGUCAUAAAGGAGUUUGCAAUCGAGAGACAAGAGGUGGCUGUCAGCACAACUGCUCCAUCAUUGGUGACGGAGGUUUCAUCUGUGUUUGUCCGCGUGGAUACCAAAUACAACUCAAUGAUACCAAAGUUUGCGAAGACAUCAAUGAAUGCGCGGGUUUUGGUCACAAUUGUUCCCAGAUUUGUGUGAACUCUGAGGGCAGCUAUAACUGCAAAUGCAAACCAGGCUUUGAAUUGAUUGACGAGCGUUGUGUAGUGAAGAGCGAAGUGCCAGCCUUUGUCUUCUACACCGACGGACCCGAUAUAAGAGCAGUUGAUUUGUCACAACAACAUCAGUCUUCGCUGAUCGCCGGCGAGAGUCGCGUUCAGUCUCUCGAUUACGAUCCCUUCACCGAUAUACUCUAUUGGACCGAUACUUACGAUAAGACUAUAAAGAGAGCGGUGAUACCCAAUCCAAGUGAUCCCGAACAUGGAAAUGGUUUCUCGCAAAAUCUGGAGCUCAAAGGUUUGACAAAACCGGUGGACAUUGCGGUCGAUUGGGUCGGAAGGAACUUGUAUUGGAUGGAUAUGGAUCUCUCCCAAAGCAAACCCAAAGGCCGUAUAUUCGCCAGUCUUCUUGACGGCCGAUAUCGCAAAGCAGUAGUCGUUAAUGGAUUAGAAAGACCGACAUCUAUAGCAAUGGAUCCAGAAUUAGGACGAAUGUUUUGGACGGACGCCGGAAUCCAACCAAAGAUCGAGUCGAGUUGGAUGGACGGCAGCCGACGGAAACUUAUCAUAAAUGAAAAACUCGGUUAUCCAACCGGUCUAACCAUCGACUACGAGGCCGGACACAGACUUUAUUGGUCCGAUUCUAAGCUCAAUACUAUAGAGUCGGCCAACUCUGACGGAACCAAUAGAGUGACUGUAGUUAGCGGUGAUCUUCACCAUCCGUCCAGUUUGGAUAUGUUUGAAGACCAGCUCUAUUGGGUGACCCGAGACACCGGAGAGAUCUAUCGUCACGACAAGUUUGGCCGAGGAGUCAAAGUGCGGGUCAGGCGAUCGCUAGAGCACGCGACUGAUGUCAAGAUCUAUCAGGAAAAGAAAUACAACACAUCCCUGCCCAACCCGUGUCAGACCGCCGGCUGUUCCCACUUAUGUUUACUAAUUCCUGGCGGAUAUCGGUGUUCGUGUCCGGACUCGAUCUCAUCGGUGAUUAGUGUGAACGGCAACUGCAAUACAGCGUACGAACAGCCGAAAGCUGUGCCCCAUCGGUGUCAGUGCAGAAACGGUGGCUCAUGUAUUCACAGCGAGAAUGAAUUGUCCAAGAUCAUUUGCAAAUGUUUGGAUAACUUCGAGGGAAACAAUUGCGAAGAGUAUAUCCCUCGAAGUCAAAUAGGAGGAGACAAUGACAAAGUGUUUGCCGAAGUGGUUCUGCCCAUCAUUAUAGUACUCAUGACAUUAGUUGUUGCGGUCGUUCUCUACACCUAUUUUAAGAAAAGAAAUUUUAAAAAUGGCAUCAAUCCAAGCGUGUCCUUCAGAAGUGGAACUAACGUAGAGUUCGGUGGACCGGCUUUUAUGCAUAACGGACCCACUGAUGGACAGCAACCCGCGCCAAUGGAAGGAGAGUUUCAUUUGGGAGAUAUUAAGUCAACAGAUUUUGAGAACCCGAUGUACGAAGAGGUGGAAUCCAAUGGAACCGAUAAAAACGUUAAGAAAUUAAACAACGACUCCAUCCCAUCCAAUACGGGCUUAUAUGAAGUGCCCGACGAGUUGUACAACAAGAAAGUGCCGAUCGAUGUGACCAACAAUUACGACAAAUCAUUGACCGGAUCGGCAGUACUGCCGCCGUCGAGUGUCAUCCACAGGUCGUCACCUCAGGUCCAGAUCAGACAGAUAUCAUUAAACCCGACGUCAGUGGACACCGACAAAGACACACAAUUUCUAGUAGAAGAGGACAAAACGGACUGUUAAUCCAUGUGUUAAUACAAAAAACUGUUAAUAAGUGCUAAUAUUAACUGUGAAUAUAUUGUUAUUCAAAUGAACUAAUUAUUACGAAACGGAACAUUACUUUUAGUGCAUUAUACGAGACAAGCCUUAAACACAAAACAAUUCAUUGUUUUUCAUGUGACAAACAUUUUAUCAAAAAAGAUUUUUAUUAAUUUUUUAUUAACUGUUUUUAUAUAACAAAAAGUGCAACAAAUAAUUCCGAUUGCGGUCUGUCUUUAAGCUAAAUCGUCGGAUCCGAUGACGACUAUUGAGAAGAAGACCAGUUGUGAUAUUUUUUACUUCUUUUCCACACAAUUAUAAAACUUAUUUCAAUUUCAUUCCCGUUUUUCCUAUCAUUCAUUUGCAAUUGAAUUUCAUUCCUAUAUAAAUAGAAAUGUGUUUUUUCUUCUCAAUUGAUCACAAAAUCCAAG